CCCACGAGUAUAUUCCGAGGGGCAUCUUUAGUCUAAUGCUCAAUAAAGUAGUUACACUGAGUUAUACCACUAUUUUGCACUCAAGUGGCGUCAGAAUUUUCCAGAAAACACCCCUUAAGCGCAAUACUACUUUUUUCUCUCGCUGAGCUCGUAUAGAUAUUCUCUUUACACUGUUCACAGAAUGGACUUACCGUGUUUUGAGUGGCAACAGCACGUCAAGCAGAAAUGGAACCGACUCACACCAGAUCAAAAUAAACAUUUUGUGUCCCUAUUAGACAUAGAUGAGGUCUUUGACUUUGGUCUUUCUCAAGUAAGCAAAGAGGACACAGACUUUCUGUCAAGCAUUUCUAAGCGCUACCCUGUCCAGAAGGAUCUAGAGCAAGCCACUAGAUGUAAGGAGAAGGGAAAUGCCAACUUUAAAGCCAGGGACUACACUGCUGCAGCUCUGCUCUACUCACAGGGUGUGUGUCAUGCCUCUCAGUCAUCAGAGCAGCUGUCUCUGUGCUAUGCCAACCGUUCUGCUGCCCUGUUCCACUUGCAGCUCUACAAGGAGUGCCUCUGCGACAUCGACAGGGCCCUGAAGCACGGCUACCCCAGUCACCUGCAGCACAAACUCCAGGGCAGAAGAACACAGUGCCUUAACCACCUCCCCGACCGGUUAGAGGGGCUGAACCAACCUAAACAGGGGGCAGGGGUCAAGGUUGAGGGAGUGAGCAGCGGAAACAGGGAGGCAAAACUCCCAGACUCCCAUCAGCAUCGGUACGGAAGUGCUCCCGUGUCGUGUCUCUCCCCUCACGUGUCUGUCUGCUUUAGCCCCGGGAAAGGACGACACCUGGUGGCCAAUGAGGGAAUCGCGGCAGGCGAAGCGAUAGUGGAGGACUGUGCUUACAGCUGUGUGCUCAUACCGGGGAUGGAGGGCGGGGGCUCGUUUGGGACGGAGGAGAGGCUCUGUCAUUUGUGUUUGGGGGGUACGCUGGGGUCCCUGCCGUGUGAGGGGUGCAGCUACGCGCGAUACUGCUCAGAGGGCUGUCGCCACGCGGCGUGGGAGAGCCACCACCGCUUGGAGUGUCCGGUUGGAGCCGAGCUCAGGGCUGCGGGGGUGAUGUCACAGCUGGCACUGAGGAUGUGUCUGAAGGCGGGGCUCAAGGAGGUGCUGAAAGCGCGGGAGCCGACUCGAGAUGAGGACCGCGUUCAUAAACCUGUCGGAGGGAAGGUUCGUCCCGGGAACGCGGGUUCUAAGGCCGACGCGGAAAACGUCGCCCCAGAGGAGGAUUCUGGUGCCCCCUCAGCGCGUUACCAUGGCGACUCCUACCUUAGCAUCUACCACCUACUGCCUCACCUGAGCGGCCACACCCCCAGCAUGCGCUACCUAUGGUCCAUUACCGUAGCAACACUCUGCUUACGGCUCUGUCAGGUGGGACCUCCUCCUACAUCCUGGGAGAGGGGUGGAGCCUGUGACAAUAAGAGAUUUCAGGGCCAGGCGGGAGAGGAAGAGAGUGGGGUCUGGAUUCAGAAGCUAAGCCUGCUGGGAAGUGUAGUUCUGAGACACUUGCUACAGCUGCAGUGUAAUGCUCAGGCAGUGAGCCUGCUCAGAGAUACAGGUGAACUUACUGCUGUGCAGACCAGCCAGGAAGUGCGUAUUGCCACGGCAGUAUUCCCCACGCUGAGUAUUCUGAACCACUCCUGCUAUCCCAACACCAGCCUCAUCUUUAGGACCGCUCAACCGGGCUCCCCCAAACCUCGCCUGGACUCGGGUUCUGCACUGAUCACUGAACCUCGCCUGGACUCAGGUUCUGGACUGAUUACUGAACCUCGCCUGGACCCGGGUUCUGCACUGAUCACUGACCCUCGUCUGGACUCGGGUUCUGCACUGACAUGUAGCAUGUGUCCUGCUUGGGUAUCAGUCACUGUCAGAGCAUCCAGAGACAUCGCUCCUGGACAGGAGGUCCUCCACUGCUAUGGUCCCCACAGCAGUAGGAUGGGGUUGUGUGAGCGUCGACGCCUGUUACAGGAGCAGUACCACUUCCUGUGUGUCUGCCAGGCCUGCUGUCUGGAACAGGGGGAGGGGCCAGGUGGUGGAGGGGGUGUGGCAACCACAGUGGCGCAUUUGCUGUGUGGGAGGUGCCAAGGACCUGUAAAGCCAGGAAGCGAGGGGUGGUGUGUGUGCAAGCGGUCCUCAUGUGCUCACCGCGCAUCUCGCUCAGAACUGGACCAGAAACUGCGGGAGGUUAAAGUUCAACUGGAACAGGCAGUGGACCUCCUGGAGACAGAGAAACCAGACCAGUCAGUGAGGAUGUUACAGAGGGCCACGUCUGAGGCUGAUCUUUUCCUCACCGAGACUCAUCCUCUUCAAGGACAACUGGCCGAUGCCACGUCCCGAGCAUAUGCCACUAUGGGUGAUUGGCGAGCGGCAGCGACCCAGUUGGAGCGUAGUGUUGUAGCCAUCUGCUCCCAGUACGGAGAGGACAGCAUUGAACUGGGAAGGCAGCUCUUUAAACUGGCCCAGCUGCACUUCAAUGGCGGUAGUCCGGGUCCAUCCCUCUCGGUGAUCCCCAGGGCCAGAAGACUGCUGUCCCUCCACUGUGGGCCACACUGCCCUGAGGUACAGGAGCUACAGGCCAUGGAGGACUGUCUACAGGGGGCGCUGUAACCUACAAUGCAGGAGCAGAAAACCCGCUGUCACUGUCAAAAUAUGUUCGUAAAGCAGAGUGUAUGAGAGAGAAGCCAGAGAUUGUCGCACCAUUAUUAUUGUUUCUAAUAAAGAGGAAUGAAAGCC